GCUUAACGGGGUGGUUCUUCCAUAGUCAACAAUGCAAUAGCAGCUGUGUCUGCUCGGUUUAGUUCCUUGACGGUAAUGUAUCCAGCAAAAAUAAGGGAGUGGGGUGUCUCGCCGCUUCUUCCGUCUCUGCUUCCGGACGCCAAGACUGGCUGCACAGCUGCCGCCGAAUUUAAAGAGACAGGCGAUAGUUUAUUUAAAAUAUCAUAAUCAGCAACCAUUGUCUCAAAGCUUUUUUCAGAGGCUUCACUCUGACAGCGUACCAGCAGUAGUUACUUGCUGGACCGAUAAUGACUUUUAAUCAAAGUCGCAUCGAGUCGUAGCUUAUUCCCAUAAUUGUUACUUGGCUGGAUUUUCCUUAUUUUGCUUCUGGCUAACGUUAUCUACUAGCUAGCUAGCCAACUAAGGGUUUGCUAGCUAGCUAGCUAGCUUCCGACGAAGGCAAGAUUUUUGUCGGCUAGCCAACAACCAGAUACCAAAGCGUAUAAUCAACCAAGUAGUAGUGGCUGUAUGUCUGUUACUAUCUCCGGGAUCAUGGCGAAAAUUCAGGCACACAGCAACACGAAACAAAUAAACCAAAUUCAAGACAAGGCCUAUGUUGUACAAAAGCAAGUGCAACAACAGCACUUUCAAAAACUGAAGGUUGAAGAUGCCCUAUCAUACCUGGACCAAGUCAAAAUACGAUUUGGGAAUGACCCUGGAAUAUACAACAAAUUUCUUGACAUAAUGAAAGAAUUCAAAUCACAAAGCAUUGACACACCGGGUGUUAUAAACCGUGUGUCUCAGCUCUUCCAUGGGCACCCGGACCUCGUCUUAGGAUUCAAUGCCUUCCUGCCCCCAGGGUAUCGGAUAGAGAUUCCCAAGAAUGGCGUGGUUUUCCUCCAGUCCCCAUUCUCUGCCCAGGUGUCCCCAGGUCAGGGGAAGAGUAUGACAAGCCCUGCUGUGAGUGCCACAGGUUCAUCUGUUGCUGAAGUUGGAUCUGCCCAAUGUGAAGCUGUGGCAUCGCCUGAAAGCAUCUACUCAUCCUCAGGGCCCCCAGAGCCUCCCAGUAGACUGUCCUUGCCACUCCCCAGCAGAGAGAGCCCAUCCCAGCCACAGUCCUCCUCAGUGUCCCCCCCUGCCUCAGAGCCCAGCCCAGUAGAAUUUGACAGUGCUAUCAGCUAUGUCAACAAAAUCAAAAACCGCUUCCUAGACCAUCCAGAGAUCUACAGAUCCUUCCUUGAGAUACUACACACUUACCAGGUACACUGUGUCAUCAAUAUGAAAGAGCAGCUUGAGGUCAAGGAGAGCCGGGGUCAUGGUAGUAGUGGAAUGACAGAGGAUGAAGUUUUCUCAAAAGUGGCCAGCCUCUUCAAAGGCCAAGAGGACUUACUGGCUGAGUUUGGACAGUUCUUACCAGAUGCUAAGAGAUCACUGUUCACUGGCAGCUCCCUGACUGGGAAAGACCAUCUGAAGAGGGCAGAGGACGAGGACAUGAGCAAGCAGAGCAAGAAGAGACCCAGGCCCAUGCUGCUGCCUCACAUGACACCACUGCUCAAGAAAAAGAUGAAGUUUUCAUGCUCCAAAGACCAGUCCUUUGCCUCAGUUGGGAAGCAUGGAGUUUUGCGGGAGUUCACAUUUUUUGACAAGCUUCGCCGUUUCUUCAAGAGCCGGGAGGUAUAUGAGAACUUCCUCCGCUGUAUUGCUUUGUUUAACCAGGAAGUGGUUUCGGGAGCAGAGCUGCUGCAGCUUGUCACUCCCUUUCUGGGGAAGUUUCCAGAGCUAUAUACCCAGUUCAAGUCUUUUCUGGGGGACAAAGAGCUCUCUCAUUCAGUGUCUGGCCUGUCAGACCGAUACAUGGAAGGAGGUGGGGGCAGGGAGGUCGACUAUGCCUCUUGCAAGCGCCUGGGAUCCAGCUACAGAGCACUACCCAAGACUUACCAGCAGCCCAAGUGCAGCGGUCGCACUGCUAUCUGCAAAGAGGUGCUGAAUGACACCUGGGUUUCUUUCCCCUCGUGGUCGGAGGACUCUACGUUUGUGAGCUCAAAGAAAACUCCAUAUGAGGAGCAGCUUCAUCGCUGUGAGGACGAAAGGUUUGAGUUGGAUGUGGUCCUGGAGACUAACCUGGCCACCAUCCGGGUCCUGGAGAGCGUUCAGAAGAAGCUGUCCCGUCUGUCGCCUGAGGACCAGGACCGCUUCCGUCUGGACGAUUGUCUGGGAGGCACCUCUGAGGUCAUCCAGCGCCGAGCCAUCUACCGUAUCUACGGCGACAAGGCCCCUGAGAUUAUAGAGGGGCUGAAGAGGAGCCCUGCUACUGCCGUGCCUGUGGUGCUCAAGAGAUUGAAAGCAAAGGAGGAGGAGUGGAGAGAAGCUCAGCAGGGCUUCAACAAGAUCUGGAGGGAGCAGUAUGAGAAGGCCUACCUCAAGUCCCUGGACCACCAGGGGGUCAACUUCAAGCAGAAUGACAUGAAGGCCCUUCGAUCCAAAAGCCUGCUCAAUGAGAUUGAAAGUGUUUAUGAUGAGCGUCAGGAGCAGAGCACAGAGGAGGGGGGCGUGGUCCAGCAGGGGCGUGACGGGAGCAGUGCGCCAGCGGUCAGCGAUCCCCACAUGGUGUUCACCUACGAGGACAAGCAGAUCCUGGAGGACGCCGCCUCUCUCAUCAUCUACCACGUCAAACGCCAGCCCACCAUCCACAAGGACGACAAGGACCACAUCAAGCGCAUCAUCCAGCACUUUGUCCCCGACCUCUUCUUCUCCCGCCGCGGCGAGCUCAGCGAGACGGAGGAGUGGACGGACGAGGAGGUGGAGGAGAGAGGAGACCGGGGAGGAGGAUGUGGCGGUAUACCAGGAGCCGUAGCAACAUCAGGCAGUCAGCAACAUCAGCAGCAGAACGGGGAGUCGAGGCGGCGGCGCUGCGCCUCUCCCCAAACAGUGGAGCUGGGUGUAGCCUCGUCCCAUAGCCUGGCUCCAGUGGGAGGGGAGAAGGUGGACCUGAGAGACCCUGAGGCAGAGCACCAGAAGGAGCUGGACGGAGUCUACAACCUGUUCUUCGUCAACAACAACUGGUACUUCUUCCUGCGGCUUCACCAGACCCUGUGCCAGCGGCUGCUGAGGGUGUACCGGCAGGCGGAGAGGCAACUGCUGGACCACCGGGCAGAGCAGAACCGUGAGAGGCUUCUAAUGGCUGAGUGCCGGGACCUGGCCAUGGAGCUCCGCCUCAAACAGCCCAGUGAGGUAGAACUGGAGGAGUACUACCCAGCGUUCCUGGAUAUGGUGCGCAGUCUUCUGGAUGGGAACCUGGAGUCCACACAAUAUGAGGACACAUUGCGGGAGAUGUUCACCAUCCACGCCUACAUUGGCUUCACCAUCGACAAGCUCAUCCAGAACAUCAUUAGACAGCUGCAGCACCUGGUGAGUGACGAGGUGUGUCUUCAGGUGGCUGAGCUGUACCUGGCCGAGAGGAAGAGGGGCGCGGCGGGGGCUAACCUGUCGUCCCAGUGUGUGAGAACAGCCUGGGAGACCAGCUACCAGUGGAAGUCAGAGAGGGUCAUGGCUGAGGAGAACUGCUUUAAGGUAAUGUUCAUUCAGAACCAAGGCCAGGUGACCUUGACCAUUGAGCUGCUGGACACAGAGGAGGCCCAGGCUGAUGACCCAUUGGAUGUACAGUGCCUGUCCAGCUAUAUGGAACAGUUUGUAGGGACAGAGUCGACGCUUUGCUCGCAGAACGAAGGCUACUUUUUCAAACCGGUAUUUUUGCCCAGGAACCUGAGGCACUUCAGACGCUGGCAGGUGCGGCAGGUGGAGGCGAUGCGCUGCAGACGGGAGUGGCACAGACAGCUGGGAGUGGAGAGUGCUGGCAGUCUGGACUGCCGCUUUAAACUCAACACCCACAAGAUGGUGUUCGUCAUGAACUCUGAGGACUACAUGUACCGCCGGGGAGCGCUGGUCAAAGCCAGGAAGUCCCAGCACAGGGUUGCUGUGAACCAGCACGAGCGCUUUGACAAGUGGCACCAGGGCUGGCUGGUGGAGCACGUGACCCCGGCGGCCGAGCGCUCGGUCCACGACUGGCUCAUAGGUGAGGAGGAGGAGGACAUGAUUCCGUGCAAGACCACCUGCCUCAACACACAGAUCAAAGGCCUGCCUGUCAACAGAUACCAGGUGCAUUACAGUAGGAAACCUCCCUCUCCGUAGAGGCCACACACACUCACUACACACACAUGGAGAGAGACUGAGAGACAGGGGCAUCCUGGGGGAAUCCAGCACGGAACACAGGAGAUCUUCACCUGACUCAUCCACGUUGCUUCUCUGUUCACACAGUCCGCAGUGCAAGCAGAGGGACGGGAGAUUAAAAUCAUUGAGUUUGUUUCAGAAAUGUGAAUGUCUCUUUUUAUAAGUCCGUUGUAGUUUUUAGCUUCUGAAGCCAGAGGGCCUUUGUUUGUAUAUGUUUAUACUGAAGUACUGGGAAGAAAUGGUUAGAAAAAAUGUGUCAUACUCAUGUCUUUUGUACAGUAAGCUCAACUUAAGUAAUUGCAUUACUGUAUGUGCAUAUACAACUGUACACAUUUUAUAUAUGCAUUUACAUGAAUAUGAUGAAUGAAAUUGAACAUUUACAUGGAUCUAAGUGUUUGCUGGCAUCCCAAUUCUUGACAUUAUUUUUUUCGGGUCAUUUCCUUUUUGUCUUGUGACUAAUCUAAAAAUGGAUGAUUUGCCAGGGUGAGGAGUGCUCACAAUUGAUUCAAUUGUGUUAAUUUUACGGAACAUUUGGAAUUAUGUAUCAUAUUCAUGAUUUCAUCAUUUUGCAUACUAAAAUAAACAAAAUCAGUGUUAAAAAAGAAUGUAUAACAUUUAUCCUGUCAGUUAUCAUGAAAAUAAACAACCUAGUUGUGAAUUCUUAAA